AUGAAGUUAUGGGAUGUUUUGGCCACGUGUUUGUUGCUCCUGAGCUCUGUUGCUACACGGCCUCUCUACCAAAACACUCAGCCAGCCAAGAGGACUUAUUUCCCCAACAGCUACAGUGAUUCUGCGUCCCUGUCUGUGGAGGACGACGAGCCAAAGUUCCAGCGCAAAGACCACAACCUGCAGGAGAUCUCCAUGGAAGAUCAAUAUGACAUCACAGGUCCCUAUCCAGAUCAGUUCGAUGAUGUAAUGGAUUUUAUAGAGGCUACCAUCGGCAGACUCCGGAGAUCAUCAGAUCCCAGCGGCGGGGGCCCCAGGGGACGGAGGGAGCAGAGACAGAGAGGAGCAGCAAACACAGGAAGCUCGAGAGGCGAGGGCAGAGGACAUGGCGACAGGAGGCGAGGUCGGGGGCGAGGGGGAAGCCGAGGUAGUAAAGGAGGCCGAAGCGAGAGGGGGAGAGAGAGGAUAUCAGUGCAGACUCGAGGCUGCUUGCUGAAGGAAGUCCAUCUCAAUGUGACGGACUUGGGGUUGGGCUAUCAGACUAAAGAGGAGCUGAUCUUCCGGUACUGCAGCGGCCCCUGCGUGGAGGCGGAGACCAACUACGACAAGAUCCUCAACAACCUCACACACAACAAGAAGUUGGACAAAGACACACCCUCUCGCACCUGCUGUCGACCGAUCGCUUUCGACGAUGACUUAUCUUUCUUGGACGACAACGUGGUGUAUCACACACUGAAGAAACAUUCUGCCAGGAAGUGUGGCUGUGUCUGAGGAAGUCACAUUGGACGUG